AUGUCCAUACUUCCCUCACAUUCCGGCUUCUCUUCUGGACCCGACCCCACCACCGCGGGCUCUCGAGAUUCGAGGGCGACUGAAUGGCAGAACAGCACCUGUGACACAGAUAUCCCUGCGCCGCCAGUCCGUCGUGACAUGGUCGAUCUGGGCGCAUUGGCCUCGUUUCGGGGAUGUCUGUUCUGUGACAAUGAGAAUACCACUGUGAUCACGGGUGAGCAUACCCCAUGGGUCUUGCUUUGGCACCGCCAAGAAAGACAAUGGUAUCGACCUCAUUGUAGGGAAGACCAGAAGCAAACAGAUGAGGAUUUCUAUGGCUAUUUGUGCUCGCAGCACGGGAACCAGGAAACAGGAAAGAUUCAGAGCCGACUGAAGUCGGUUCCAUGUUUCUCUAUACCGAGCAAGAAGAUCCGCAACUUCGAUAUCUACUUCAUCUCAGAAGGGGGGAAUACUCUGGACGAUGAACGCACACCUGACGAGAUGUGUGCCAUCUCUGGUACCCAGGGAAGCUCCUUCCAAACUAUUGUCGACACAGGCUCCAUGAAUAUUUCAACCAUUGGCGGUCCUUCAGCUGCCUCCGAUUUCAAGUCUGGUCAUGGUGACGACGAAGCCCCGGCGAGCUCGAAGGCAGGGAGCGCGUCGGUAGACGGGCUAUCUCAUGGUUUGGCAGGGAUAAUGAAGAAGCUCGAACCGAUCGUGUUCGCCAAAGGGCCGAUUAACAAACACCGAUGCUCACUUUGCGACAGCGAGGGAGAACGCUUGCAAGCUGCCAAACAAAAGGCCCGUCUACCUAAGCGUCUCAACUGCUAUGAGCUGUAUGCUUUACCGUACAGCGUAUCAGAGAUGAAAUGGAAGAGUCCUUACAUGCCCGAAAACCAAACCUCAUGGUACCCAGUGAUUAGGGCCUGUGUUACCCAUAAGCAGGCACUGACGGAUAUUGUCUUCGAGGUUCGCAAAUUGGAAAAAGGUUUCGCGGGGUUCGCUACACAACACACAGUCCUAGAGGAUCUGACCGUCCAUAUUAUGGAUUUACAGGCCGCCAAGAGAAGCCUUUUGAGUCACAGGAAAUAA